AUGCGCUGUCCGCCCGCGUUUCUUCCCCGGCAGAACGCGGAGGCGCUGCUGUCGCUUGGCGCGCUGCAGCUGUUGCUGCCGCUCGCGCAGGACAGCAUGGCGUCCGUGCGAUCCGCUGCGACGCUGUCGCUGGGUCGCCUUGCGAAUGUGUCGCAUACGUGGUCGCACCACCUCGUGCAGCACAACGUGCUGCCGUCGCUCUGCAAAGCGCUCACCGGCACCAAUCGCCACCACAAGCGCGCAGCAGCAUAUCUAGUCAAGGCCGUGUCGCGCCACGCUGGCGCUGAGCUGGCAGAGGCGGGCGUGCUGCCGUUGCUGACGGAGUGCCUUCUGGAUGCCAUGCUGGCGGUGCGGGAGACUGCUGCGUGCGCAUUGGGCACGUGGCGAAGCACAGCGGACGAGGCUGUAGCGCGGAUAGCCCUCUCAGUGCUGACUGGUCUGCGUCUGCUUUCUACCAUCGCCAGGCACUCUGAAUCCCUCGCCCUGCAAGUGUUGGACCAACCAGGAGCAUCUCGCCUGCUGCUCUGCCUGCACGACUCAUCCCCUUCCCUGCGGGCGUCAGCAGCAGCGGCGGUGAGGGAAGGUGGCGAGGCAGGACCGGCAGCAGCAGGCGCUGGGGCAUCAGCAGCAGCGACGGAGAGGAAAGGGCAGCAGCAGCAGGCUGGUGGGCAUGGGGGGCAUCGGGCUGCUGCUGGAUGCUGUGGGCACGUGGAGGAUGCAGGGGAAGGGGAGGGAUCAGGGGAGGGGAAGGGGAUGACGAGAGGCUCUGGUAAGUUCAGGUCCGGUAACUGA